GUGUAGCCCCUCGUGUGCCAGUCUGCACCGAGAUUCCGGCGCGAAUCGUUCUUCUUCGUCGCGGCGUCACGCCAACUCCUAGAUGGAUGUUGCUGAACCGCAUUCUCGUGUCAACGAUUUACAUCGUCGCGCAAUUCCUCGCAGUCUGUCCAGCCUUCGUGGAAGGACGGCAAUCGAGGAAUCUGGAAAUAUUGGGGCAAAUAUCGGGUCACCAUCACGGCACGCAGUAUGCAUCGAUAUCGGACAAUUACAAGAACAACUCAGACCUGCCCAGGUUCGCUGAAGAAAUUCAGAACGUGACCGUAAGCAAAGGUCGAGAUGCUUUGUUAGCCUGUAUAGUGGACAAUCUACGAACUUAUAAGGUGGCAUGGGUGCGCGUCGAUACACAGACAAUCCUGUCCAUCCACCAUACCGUGAUCACGCAAAACCCACGGAUCUCAUUGUCGUACAACGACCACCGAACAUGGUACCUUCAUAUAAAAAAGGUUGAAGAAGUGGAUCGUGGAUGGUACAUGUGUCAGGUGAACACAGAUCCGAUGAGAAGUCGACAGGGCUACCUGGAAGUUGUAGUGCCGCCUUCCAUUAUCACGAAGGAAACGAGCACAGACAUGGUCGUCCGCGAAGGUUCGAACGUGACGUUGACGUGUAAAGCUUCAGGCUAUCCGGAACCUUACAUCAUGUGGCGCAGAGAAGAUGGAAAGAACAUAAACUACAACGGGGAUAACGUAAACGUGGUAAAUGGUGAGGUGCUGCAUAUUGUGAAGAUAAGUCGAUUGCACAUGGGAUCAUACUUGUGCAUCGCUUCGAACGACGUUCCACCGCGAGUUAGUCAACGCAUAUCUCUUCGUGUGCAGUUUCCUCCUAUGCUUUCGAUACCAAACCAGCUGGAAGCGGCAUAUAUUGGACAAGAUGUCACGUUGGAAUGUCACACCGAAGCUUACCCUACCUCGAUUAAUUAUUGGACGACCGAACGCGGUGACAUGAUCGUCUCUGGCAAUUACCAUUCUAUUGUAGGCGAUAAAUAUGAGGCGGUUUCCACCGACAACGGCUACAACAAGUACAUGAUGCUGAAGAUUAGAAAUGUUGGCCCGAGGGACUUUGGUUCAUACAAAUGCGUAGCGCAAAAUUCUCUUGGCGGAACAGACGGUGACAUCAAAUUGGAUGAAAUCCCAGCACCAUCAACCACGUCUACUACACCACCACCUUACCAUGUGACCUCAUCAAUGAAGAAGAAUGGUAGAAACGGUAACAAGAAAUUACGACAACGACCUAUCGACUACGAGGUCGAGGAAUGGCGAAAUUCAGAUUACGACAGAGAUUACGAUCCGCCAUCGAUGAGGCCGCCAGGCGAGCUUCCGGUCGACGCCCUAAGUCCGGGCGUUUCCCAUCGGGCUCAACUCGUUCUUCAUCUUUUGGUGAGUCUGCUGUCACUGCUACUUCCAGCCAUCAGAAGGUGAUUCUCACGUCGCGGGAACGGGGCUUCCAGUUCUAGUGUUUAUUGGACGGUGACCAGACCGGAGACGGCUACCAGUUUCCGGUACGCCGGCUUCGGCUGGAUGAUGGACGAGUGCGACGAGACAAGACGCGCUUGAAAUUAUUUUCAUACUAAACGUAGACGUAUACAGAGAGCAAAAAAAAGAGGAUAUUAUAUAUAUAAUAUAUAUAAAUAUAAAUAAAUAUAUAUAAAUAAAUAAAUAUAAAUAUGAUAUGUUGUGUAAGUAUACUUACAGUGAGUAUGAAGGAAUUCCUAGGCUUUUAUGAAUGACGAUGAUUUUGUGGCGCGCGACAUCUUUGCAUUCGAGAAAAGACUUCGUCCUCUCUUGUCAUGUGUGAAUCGAGUAUUCCCGUUUAGGAAAAGAGAAAAGACAAAGAAAAAAGACGAAAAAAUAGAACUUUUCGUAUCGACUAGAAGGAUCUGAUUGCGUAUGAUAAUAGGUUACGCCAACGGUUUUCAGCCGAUAUUAACGCGACACAUCGAUGUUCCGCGAGAAAUUCAACGGUUGUGUCGUUUGGUAUAACGCGUUAUCGCUUUAAAUGUUCCGCCAAAAACGAGUUUUAUAAUCAAACGUGUGUCGCGAAUUUUCCCGAGGCGGCUGAGAAUCACUGGCCUCGAAACGACUCGAGUAGUUCCGUUAGUUCUGUAGUAUUACGAACUCGUCUAUACGAGUUUCUUCGUUUCUUACCUAUGUAAAUACCAUUGAUUUCACGAUUCUCCAAGAUGAUUCAGCGUUCUAUAGAUAUUCUUCUCCAUUGUAAAGUUCAAUCGUUACUCGCGUUCAUUUCAUUAUCGUUAUAUCGUUCACGUUGGUUAAAAAGACGAAUGUUCCUCUUUGUAAAACCAAACACAUACUUUUCUGGUAUCAUGAGGACAAAAAUUUCUUUUAUCAUCGAACGAGAAUAAUUAAAAAUUGUUCUGAAUCGUAAUAAGUCCAAAAAAUGGGAUGACAAAGUACGUAAAUCAAUUCGGUUCGACAAGAAGAAAAAUUAUUUUCUAACGAUUUUACGUACUUUCCAUCCGUAAAACCGAUCUCAUAGCUCGUGAAACGAACAACCGAAGUUGUCAACGUUGAGUUCUCAUCGAUGCAUUUCGUAACACGAUAACUCACGAUGACGUUAGUUAUAAUCUAGUCGAGCGAACAAGGCACAACUGUAUUUCGGUACAUGUAAUGAUAUAUACGUACGCAUGAAAGAAUAAGCGAAAAAUGCAUAAUUAUCCAUUAUAUACACAGGAACAUAUAAUAUACAUAAUAUAUCGAAUCGUAGUUGUGUUGAGAUACGCGCUCUUAGGUUUCAUCAUUAGCUGUUUCUGACUGGCGCAAACGUGCAUGCACUGAUACAAAACGCUAGUCGUACAUACGUAAACAUUGCGGACGCGUUCGCGAAUGCGAUUCGACGCGAUUUAAGAUAAAAAUCGUGUGAGUUAUUGCAUACUAGAAGCGAAGAAACACGAUGAUGAUGAUGAUGUUGCGUAGCCCCGAAUCAUCGACGACGGUGUCUUCGUGCAGAGAGCUUCGUCGUUUCAGUUUCAAUUACGCAUCAGCGAAGAGAAUUCGUGGUCCUCCUGCAAGGCUACACGUCGAUGACAAUAUUUUUAGCUUUAACGAGACUUAAAGUAGAUUUAACGAUCUAUAGAGCGAACACUUUCAGGAAAAUUAGUCAUCAAUUAAUGAAACAUGGGCCAUUUUUCGAUAGAAUCCUUGACCCAUUUUGCUUUCUUCUGCAUGAACAAAUUUAUUUUUACUACUCUUGAUUCGCAUAAUUUUCUGUAAAUACCAGAUAAGUAGAAGCUUUAAACGACAUUUUAAACCUUUGUGAUGCAAGUUCACAGAAGUCUAUUUCGAGUUUCGUUCGAGUCUAACGUAGAUCUGGUAACAACAGUGUAGAUGCAGUGCACUUGGAAAGUCUUGAAUCGCCCAUUUUUAUCAGAACAAUUCGUAAAUGUUUUCGUUCUUUCGUUUGCGAAACGAAUUUUCAUAUUUUUUCGGAAAAUCUUACUUCGUAGUAACACAGUGUCUUCUAUCAAACUUCUACAUUUUAAUUUCAGUUAUUUUAAAAAGAUUUUCAUAGGAUCCUUGUAAAUAAUCCUCCAGUCUUAUAAAAUUCACAAAAAGAGGGUCAUUUCGUUUUUAUCAUUAUGUCUGUCACUUGAUACUGCUAGAUGAUUCGAAACUUUUUAAAUGGAAGUGUACAUGUUCGAAAGAGCUAUGUGGUAUUCUGACAUGUUACUAGAGUUCCGUAUGGAACUCGAGUAUAAAGCACGAGAAAGAAACGUAACGCGUCUUUGCCGAUUGAUUGUUCUGUAAAUAUUGUAGAUACGUUAUGCUGUGAUUAAUCUGAAUCGUCGUCUAUUAAUCACGGUGAUGAUUCGAGGCUGCGAUUGUUGAAGCAAAAAAAAAAAGUGCAAAAAGGCAAGUGUUGUGAAUAGCGUAUUACAGCGACCGUACGAAAUGUUAUGGCGAUGAUCGUAUGAGAAACAUCGUUCAGUAGAAAAGAAAAACCAAAAAAAAAAAAAAAAAAAAAAAAAUACGAGUCGAGGCUACAGCGAUUAUAGAUAUGUCGUAUUGAAUUAUUAUAAUAACGUUAUUAAUGUAUCAUGCCCGAUGGUUUCACUAUGUCGAACGAUUUUUAUGAGUUACAACCGGAUAUCGAAAAACGAUCCGUGAAACGAGCAUUAGAAAUAGAUGGUGAAAUUGUCGGACUGAAUAUCUUAAUAAAUCGAAUACACGACUGCCAUUAUAAA